UAUAUAUAUAUGUAUAUUCUUACUUUUACAAAACACAUGCACAAUAUUAUAUACAGUGUUGUUUAAACUCAUGACAAUACUUUGACUUUAUAAGACAAAUUUCAAGCUCAUCUUAUUCAGCACUCUGCUUGUGGUCAUACUUCUGUUCUCAGAGCAAAUGCCAACAUGCAUUCAAGCACAGUAUCUACAUUCAUAUUCAUCAACAUGCACUCUGUACAAUCAUACACAAACUGCUCCAUCUUGUAUUUCAUGAAACAGAAAAACAAAUUUGCAUAAAGGAAAGUAGCAAAAUUAAAAUUAACUUAAAUUAAAUUUUGACAAUUUUUAACCCUUUUAACAAAAUGUGUUAUUCCCUACUCUGUCUGCUGGUGUGAACUUAAAAAAAUAAAUAUCUAGCUUAACCCUUUAGCAUUCAGAUAUUUCUCUGUCAAAUGUAAUGCUGUAUAUAUUCACAUUGUUUUGAAUUAAUCAUGCAUUAUCUCAUAGCUUUGAGAUUUUCAUGAUGUAAUUGUUUAUUUUUAGAAUAACAUUGUAGGGUCGGUGUGAGAUGCCAGAUCUGGCUACUUUCAACAUGAAACAGUUUGGGAUGUUUGAGACCAUGUUGAGUGCCUUUAUGGACGAAUAUCCCGAAUAUCUCCGAGGGAAGAAAACAUUGAUUUGUGCCGUUGCUUGUUUUGUGGAACUUCUGCUUGGACUCCCCUGCAUCACUCAGGGUGGAAUCUAUGUAUUACAAAUCAUGGACUGGUAUUGUGCAAGUUUCUCUCUGAUGUUGAUCUCUCUGGCAGAGUGUGUUGUCAUUGCAUGGAUUUAUGGUGUUGAUCGAUUCUAUAAGGAUAUUGAACUCAUGAUUGGUUACCAGCCGUGUCGAUGGUGGAAGAUAUCUUGGUGCUUUAUCACACCUGCAGUUAUUUUGUUCAUUUGGCUUUUCAGUGUUUCUACAUUAGGACCAGUGACAUACGGUGAUAUUCAAUAUCCACCAUGGGCCAUAAGAUUUGGCUGGAUUCUUGGAUUAGUUUCUUUGGUUCCAAUUCCUUUGGUGAUGAUAUAUUCCAUUUACAGAGCUGAAGGAACAUUUAUGGAAAGAGUAAAAUCGCUGAUUAAGCCAGCUCCAAACUGGGGCCCAGUCCUACCAGAAAACCGCAAGCUUUAUUUGGCUUCACUCUAAAUUUUAAAAUGAAAAGUAUGUAUACAACAAAAUGGAGAGGAAAAAAAAACAUAAAGCAUAAAAAUGUUUCUAAAUGAGGAAUAAAAGGAAGAAAAAAGAAACGAAAAAGAACAGAACACACAAUUGGAAUCUCAAUCUGAUUGAACCAUGAGAUCUGUUAAAAUGGAAGAAGUCAGAGCGACUCCUAAUCCAAAUUGAGAAAAGA